AUGAGUCCACGUUCUCAAAGCCCCGCCACAACGCAUUACGAGUUCAUCGCGCAUACAGGCAUCGAAGAUGCAUCAGCGAAGCAGAAACUCAAAACAGUCAGAAGCCAUGUGAUGAGAAACUACCUUCACCAGCAGCAACGGCAGUCCGGGCAGUCAUCCAAAUCUAUCGUGAGCGAGCGGCGACAAAACAAGCAGCGCGCCCGCUCAUCGCGAUCUGCUUCCCAAGAUGCGGAUUCCCCUAAAGCUGCAGGUACUACCAGGAAUCCGCAGAAUCAGCUCGCUCCUGGCUAUAUUGGAUCUUUUGACGUCGGCUUGAGUGGAGCUCCUCAUGGCUAUGUCCCACAGCAAGACGUUGUCUCUUGCCUUGCAGAAUUGUACUUCACCUGCGUCAUAAGAGAUAAGAAAGAUGGAUAUCCACAACCGAGUUUCGACACUUUGAAUGCCAAAGGAGAGACGAUGCGCGUAGUUCAAGAAAACUUGGAGAUGUGCGGUAGCGACGUCCCCGAUACUGUUUUAUUUGCCAUAAACAUUCUAGCAUACGGAUGUAGUGCGAAUCACGAAUGGAAUGAGGCUCUGGGGCAUGUCGAAGCGUUACAGCGGCUUGUAGAGACACGGAAUGGGAUGCACAACAUGGAGUUCGAUCUGCAGAGGAUAUUGACUUGCUCGUCAUUCUUCAUUGCGGCUGAACUGUUACUUCCGCCCCAAUUCCCGCUUCCGUUAUAUCCCAGCCCCAUCCCAUUUAAUCUCGCUUUCCAGGAUGACGCUCAGAUACGUGCGUGGCGCACGGUCAAACGAUUCCCGAAGAAUAACUCAUUUGUAUUCGAUGUGGUCAUGCGAAUGCACCAGUUCGGCCUUGCUGUGUCACCAGAGUGGACCGAUAAGAUAGACAAAUGCGCUCUCAGCAACCUUUACUUCGAAGUCAUGCACACUGCAGUGGUUGUACAACUAGAAGAGCCAUGGCAAGGACAGCUUCAGGGUGGGACGCAAGGACGAGAAGGUAGUAUCAUGUUCAAGGUAUGGGCCGCCGGCCUGCCGAUUUAUGUGGGUGCUGCGCUUCGCCAUCUAAGGCUCCGUCGAGACAGCAACGCGAUGCGCUACUACCACGGCCCAAUUUUCAGUCGCAUUCAGACAAUACUCGACGAAAAUGGUGGCCAUCACGCGUGGCCGCGUGGGAGAUCCCUGGAACCCAUCCUAGCGACACUUUUCUACGCUCUAGAAGCAUGUGCCUGGGACGAUCCUUGGCGGACUUGGUGUCUACACACUAUGCGCAAAGUUUCGGAUCUUUUGAAGCUCAAGAACUCAGAAGAGUUCAAGAAGGUUCUAGAUUUCUUCCCGACCACCGAAAGGUAUCAAAGUCUGACGGACGACAUUUGGGCAGAAAUUACACAUUUGAGCGUACCAAGUACGCUUUCAUGCGUUUUGCAUGUUUUUGGCCAGCAUUAA